AUGAGUCAUCUAGCCGAAUAUCUUCCUGACCUGGAAGAUAAACACGACUGUCUCCAAUUAAUGUCCCAAGAGACAGCAGGGUUUGAUCACGUGGUAGAUACUCCCUUAGAAAACCCAGAUUUAGAGCUCUUUGUGGAUGGAUCGCGGUAUGGUGUCCAGGGGAAGUUUUAUACUGGGUAUGCAGUUGUCACUCAGCACGAUACGAUCAAAGCGGAAUCACUGCCCUCUCACAUGUCUGCACAGGAAGCUGAACUUAAGGCUUUGGAAGAGGCCUGCAGGUAUGCGGAGGGAAAAAUUGCAAACAUCUAUACAGAUUCCAGGUAUGCUUUUGGGAUCACCCAUGAUUAUGGUCCAAUUUGGAAGGCUAGAGACUUCCUUACAGCAAAUGGCAAGCCAAUUAAAAAUGGCAAAGGGGUGAAAGCCUUAAUGGACGCUCUGCUGUUGCCAACAAGGGUGGCCAUUAUGAAAAUUAAAGGCCAUUCGUCAGGAAAAACUCUUGAAGCUCGAGGAAAUCAUCUAGAGGAGUUCCUGAUGAAUUCAAGGCUAGAAACCAGAUAG